CACAGAAUAUUAUUAUAAAAGAUAUAAUAAUAAUUAUCUUUUUUUUUUUUUUUUAAAUCUUCCAUAUAGGUUUAGUAUAUGCUUGUACAGUGGUAUUAUUUCACAGUUCGGGUUUUCAUGUGAAACAUGUCCUUGCAUUAAUCGGUAGCUAGGGGGUGAUUUAGCCUUUGUUCUGUUUUGAGGCAAUAGUUCUCCUGGAGAAGGACAUCUAAUAUUCUGUUAGACACGGGCUGAAAGGACACAGCAGUGUUUUCACAUACUUAGAAGAGCAAAGCCAUGGCUACAGUGAAUAUAUUCGAGUAAACUGCAGACUUAUUACAGUGAGUCUAAUAAUUUUGCUUACACUGACAAAAUUUGGUGUGUAUCAGUUUUGUUUUGUUUUUUACUUAGAAAUUGCAUAUAUAAUUUUCUUGAGUCUGAAUAUUAUCAGAGAUUGCAUCACGGCUGUGUUCAACAACAAUUUUGCUUGUGUGAUAUUGCUUCAUUUUUAUCUUGGUUGCUCAGUAAGCCGUGCACAAAACUUACAUGGCCACCGUUUAAAUGAAAAAUAAAAAGGGUGUCAUUUUUCUUCUUUGCUAUUUAUUGGCCUUGACUUUCAAUCCUGGGCUAUCCCAGUUUCUAUUCUUGCACCGACUGAAUGAGCGGGAGCGGCUUGAAUGCGCUGCUAUCAAAUGUCCUUUGACAGCCAUGCAUGCUUGUUCUCGGUCCCGUGCGUCACAGCUGCAUCUGAACACGCCCCUUCCAGACGCUUGUUGAAUAGGAAUGACAAGGAAACAUGACAAGCGUUAAAGAUGAUUCUCAUAUACUGUUAUAACCGCGCGCGUUCACGUCCUUUCGCCUCGCAGCCGCGUCAUUUGAAUGCCGCUCCGCCACUGUAGAUCUGACCGGAGCCACGGGGAAAGCCGCUUGGGACCCAGCCAAAAAUUACAACCGAAAGGAGAAACCCAGCCCUGCUUCGAUUACGCACCGAGAGAGGGAGCACGCUGAUAGUGACAGCGGCACUUCAGCAACUCAUCUGUGAGCCACCGCGCGAUAACUACUCGGUCCGUUUUCUGCCGUGCAGCCUCAGAGGAUGUAGACCUCGGCCUGCUGUCUCGGGCAUGUUCGGUUUAACGGGACUUGUCGCCAGUGGCUCGUUUAAACAGGCAAUGCCUUCCUUACGCGUUUUUUGGCGCAAACUACAACAACCGCACGCGCGUGCCAGCGAUUCGUUGUUUUGCUUGUCUAUACGUGUGUUGAUAGUUUAAAAUGCCUAGGUUUUGAUUUAAAUACUUUUAUACGGACGGACAAUAGCGUAUUCGGCUGGGAGGAGUAAUAAGGAGCUCUAUCUACUCUUCGGCUUGCACGGUUUUUUGAUGGAGCUGGAGAACAUUGUUGCAAACACGGUACUCCUGAAGGCAAGAGAGGGCGGAGGAGGAAAACGGAAAGGAAGAAGCAAAAAAUGGAGGGAGAUCCUUCGUUUCCCUCACAUCAGUCAGUGCACAGAGUUGAGCAAAACCAUCGAGCGGGACUAUUUCAGCCUGUGUGACAAGCAGCCCAUUGGGGGACUUCUGUUCCGCCUCUACUGUGAGACCCGACCAGAGCUGCAGCGAUGCAUCCAACUCCUGGACGCCAUGGAGGACUACGAGGUGACACCCGAUGAGAAGAGGAAGAGUCGAGGAGAUGAGAUCAUCAAGAAGUUUCUCACCAAGCAGUCCUCUGAGUGUGUAGAUCUAGCUGAAGGUCUUGCUGAAAGUUGCAGAGAAAAUCUAGAACUGAGCCCCUGCAAGGAGAUCUUCAGUGACUGUCGGAAAGCUCUUCAUGACUACUUAAGUGGUGCUCCUUUUGCUGACUAUCAGAACAGCAUGUACUUCGACCGCUUCCUCCAAUGGAAAAUGCUAGAAAGACAACCCAUCACAAAAGACACGUUUCGGCAGUAUAGAGUUCUGGGGAAAGGAGGCUUUGGAGAGGUGUGUGCGUGCCAGGUGAGAGCCACAGGAAAAAUGUAUGCCUGUAAAAAGCUGGAGAAGAAAAGGAUAAAGAAGAGGAAGGGGGAGGCCAUGGCUCUAAAUGAGAAACAGAUUCUGGAGAAGGUCAACAGCAGGUUUGUGGUUAGUUUAGCAUACGCGUAUGAGACCAAAGAUGCCCUGUGUCUGGUGCUGACCAUAAUGAACGGUGGUGAUCUGAAGUUUCACAUCUAUAACAUGGGAACCCCAGGCUUCGAGAAGGAGCGUGUGCAGUUCUACGCCGCUGAGAUCUGCUGCGGUCUGGAGCACCUCCACAGAGAGUCUAUCGUCUACAGGGAUUUAAAACCAGAGAAUAUACUGUUAGAUGAUAAUGGUCAUAUCCGGAUCUCAGACCUGGGGCUGGCCAUUAAAGUGCCUGAUGGAGAACAGAUCCGUGGCCGAGUGGGGACUGUGGGCUACAUGGCUCCAGAGGUGAUCAAUAACGAGCGCUACAGCAUGAGUCCAGACUGGUGGGGAUUGGGUUGUCUGAUCUAUGAGAUGACCGCCGGCCGAUCGCCUUUCCGCGCUCGCAAAGAGCGAGUGAAGAGAGAAGAGGUGGAGAAGAGGGUGCAGGAGGAAGAGGAGGAGUACAGCGACAAGUUUACAGAAGACACCAAAGGCAUCUGCAGGAUGCUGUUAGCCAAAGAUCCCAAGCAGAGGCUCGGCUGCCAGGCGGACGGAGGUGCUGGAGUCAAAGCCCACCCCUUCUUCAAGAACAUCAACUUCAAGAGGCUGGAGGCCGGCAUUCUGGAACCUUCCUUUGUGCCUGAUCCCAGGGCGGUCUACUGUAAAGAUGUUCUGGACAUUGAGCAGUUCUCCACCGUUAAGGGUGUCAACCUGGACCAAACAGACAAUGAUUUCUACUCCAAGUUUGCCACUGGCAGUGUCUCUAUCCCAUGGCAAAAUGAGAUGAUCGAGACGGAGUGCUUCAGUGACCUUAACGUAUUCGGGCCUCAGGGAACGCGGCCCCCUGACCUGGACUGGAACCAGCCUCCCGAGCCUCCUCGGCGUAGCCUGCUGGACAGGAUCUUUAGGAGACAUGUGAGGAUCCCCUCCACCUCCACCACAGAAGAACACCCCAGAGAACACAAUAGUUAACUACAGACCAGCAUCCAGAGGUGACCAUCGCUCAAAGCCGGGUCUCGUCUUCCAGCGUCAACUCUGUUGACUCCAUGUCAAACUCUGCUCCCUAGUGGACAGAUUGCUGCGGGACUACAGGAAACGAAAGCGAGUGAGCGAUAAACAGAGGAAAGAAUGAGAGUGAGGAACUCCUCCUGCCCUUUAAAGACCGGUCGACAGAACAUGAAAGAGUCUGUUUUCCUUGCCUUGGCCCACAUUAUCCAUCCACGGCCCGCUGAGAGGACAGGAGACAAAACAAGCUCCCGUUUAAAGACCUUUAUUUAUCCGUUUUGUGACAGAAAGGAGAACAUUUAUUCCUUCACCUCACACUCCCUCAGGAUUGCUGGAAAAGUAAAGAGCCACUGACAAUGACAGAAUAUUAACUCAUAUUAUUCAGGGGAUUUUAUCGACAAAGAAAGGCCUCCACAGGGAAUGGGAAGGGGGCUUUUUAAAUGUUCUUUUGCAAAGGAAAGCUAAUAUAGUGAACUUAAGAGACUACACACGCACUCACAAACACACACACACACUCUCGUUUCCUCCUCCAUCCCUCUUGCAAUACAUACCUACCCAUUUUUUCUUUUCUUUCCGUCUACACUUAACACCUCCAACCUCAACCUAAAAUGUGCAUUGCCCUGCAUACUCUCAGGCCAAAGAUGGAGCUUAUUACAAGAAGACACGUAUUUGAGUUAGCAGUUGUCAUAUUUCUCUUCAGAGAGUGAUGAAAGGCCUAAAAGCACAAGGAAAUAGGAGCUCGGUGAAGCUGUGCAUUGUUCCCUCCCUAUUUAAUUUCCAAAUUAUGUAAUAUCACUGAAAAACAAACUCACUUUGGCAGUUUCAAGCCUCUUCCAGUCCACUGAAAGGGAUAGUUCACCAAAACAUGAAAAUUUUGUCAUGUUUAACCUGUAUGACUUUCCUUUUUCUGGUGAACAUAAAAGAAGAUAUUUUGCAGAAUGUUAAUGUUAAUGUAACCAAACAGUUUCAAUUCCCAUUGACUGGACAAAGGAAACAAUGGAAGUCAAUGGGAACUGAAACUGUUUAGUUACCAGCAUUCUUCAAAAUAUCUUCUUUUAUGUUCACCAGAAGAAAGAAAGUGAUACAGGAUCUGGAACAACAUGCAAAUGAUGACAAGAAAAGGUCUUUUUUUUUUAUCUGCUUUGUGUGACAGGCACAACUUGGUCUACAAACAUGAGCUAAAAGUAUCUAUGUAUGGCACUUCCUUUGUGCAUAAAGGCCGUAGGCAGUGGUGAAAGGCGGAGCCAUAUGAGUGGGCGUGGCCUUUGGGUAGGUAGGCCGUCUACCAGCAGAUACAUAGCCAAUCACAGCACAACAAAUCAGUCAGGGAGUCCUUCUCAAUUCAUCACAUUAUUCAUAAGUGGCUCAUUUAACCGAUUUACAGAAAAUUAAGGACUGAGAGGUUUAUUACUUAAGCUUUCAUAGGCAAUUUGGCGUUAAUUUGAGGACAUUACUUGACUCUUUAAUCUGAGCUACUUAGAUUUUUGCUGAUGUGGAAAGCAGUUUAAAAAUGUGCUAAAUUUAUAUUGUUGCAAGCUCCAAGAGGAGAUGGUAUCAACCACCUAAUAAUCAUAAUCACUGCAGGAUCACCGCAUUUGAGCAUUUAUACAUUUUACAACAGCAAAACCGCUUUUCUUCCAGAUUUGGUGUGUAAAUAUGCCUUAAUUUCAUCUGAAUUCAACCACUACUAGACUGAAACUGGCAAAACUUCACUUCAGCAAUUACACACAUGCACACACCAUACACCAGACCCAUUAACUUUCAUACCUCAGCGGCUGCUUUCUCUUAUUUAUACAGUUUCCAAUCAGAUGCCAACUGGUAGGAAGACAUUUCACCCAUCUUUCCCAACUGUACAUGUACUCAUUUAGGAUUUCAGUUGUAUAGGCAUCACGGGAAUCCAAAACAUAUAUCCCGUGCAUAGGGAAUAUGUGAUAGUUUUGUAGUGUUUCUUAAAGAAUGGAUAGUUUUUCAGAAACCAAAUGGUGCGAUUCAAGAAGGAACAGAAAAGAAUCUCAACCUCAUAAUCUUGCAUUUACAAUACCAUUCCAAGGAUUUUAUACGCCUCAGCAUUCAUUAGCGCAUCUCAAGACAAAUCAAGUGAUUUAAAAUAGUGACUUGAAGCUAUUUCACGAGUACGUAUGCUAAGUGCCAUGUAAUUUCCAAUCAUUAAGCUGAUGUGUGUUUACCAAACGAUGCGUCAGUUAUGCCAUUAAUUUACCAUGCUAGAAAUAUCCUGCGAAGGUUCACGUGUAUACUUAGUGCAGGUUCUAACAUUUCAGUCCUCUCAUUUGAGAUGUGUGUAAUAACUGGUUAUUGCACUGUAUCAUGACGUUACAUAAAUUGCACUGCACACUGCAUGAUCAAACAACUAUUCAUUGAGCGGGACCAGUGUGUCUGUUGGUUUAGAGGGCUGAUCUCUGUGUAUGAUAGCGCCAUGCUGUUGUUCGCUGUGGUGAGACUUUAUAUGCCACAUAGCUAGUUGUGAUGAUUCAUGGUCAAUUUCAGGUGAAAUUCAGAACUGAUUCGUGUUAAUGCAUUUCUCCUAUUUUUAAAAAUUGUGGCCAAUGUUAACAGCUUGCUCGGAAGUACUUUAUUUACCAUUACAGCACCAUUUUGCCACUUCGUUGUGUAUCCAAAUUGAGUGGGUUAGUUGCUAGUUAGUUACUGAUUUUGGGAAUUUAAAGCAGACUUUUCCCCAUGUAUGCAAAGAUUUACAUAAUAAUGCAUUAUUAAUAAUACAAGUUUUUCACGAAGAGGGACUGAUGUAAACAGAUGUUAUGUUAUAUCUGCAAAUAAGUGUUGAUUUGAAUUAUGGAAUCAUAAAUCAACACUUUUUUUUUUCAACACUUACAAGUGAACAGGAAAUUUGAGUCGGUGAACUAGCAUUAAUAAUGUUAUUCGAACAAAAAAGUUUAAAGCCUGAUGGUUUGAACUUUAAACGUAUAGGUUUAUAUAUCUGCAUUGUCCCUCUGAAGUAAUUUAAAAUCUGUGAAGUUUAGAAAAAUGAUGAGCCUUUCCUCAGUCUGAGAGUUAAUGCUUUGCUUAUGUAUAUUUCCUUUAUGUGUUGACAGUUAUGUAAUUGCUGCAUAAAAGGGAACUUAUUGCCUUUAAAACAAUGACCAAACUAAAAGGGAACUGAAGUGGUAUUUAUUUGAAAAGUAAAAACUGAAAUUUCUCACUGGAGAAGAUCAGUUUUUUAAGACACGGCUCCUGUUGGAUUCAUAUUAUUAUUAUUAUUUUUUGCAUAAGCCUUGAAGCAAGUUUUAACUACAUUCUGGAAAAAAACAAAACAAAACAAUGAAGUGCCUCCUUUUUAGUAGUCUAGUCCAGGUUAGUGCUCAUGAUACAGUUUGCACUUGUGUGUCCCUUCAGUCAUUCACAUGAUGUAAACAUGUACACGCACAAACACACGCACACAUGUUUUAAAGAGUGUUGUACUGCGCUGAUUGCAUGUGAAGCCAAACCUGACAGAGUCCCUCUGAAUAAAACCUGUGCUGGCCUGAA